AUGGUAGAAAAGGCAGCGAAUAUAGAGCUUAGAGGUAUAGAUCUACAAACAGGCAUAUUUACUAUGAGGCAGAUAAAAGCUGCAACAAAGAACUUUGAUCCAUCAAACAAGCUUGGAGAAGGCGGAUUUGGAUCCGUUUACAAGGGUCGAUUAUCGGAUGGAACAAUAAUUGCAGUAAAACAACUAUCAUCAAAGUCUAAACAAGGAGCCCGUGAAUUUGUCAAUGAAGUUGGCUUGAUUUCCGCUCUGAGACAUCCAAAUCUUGUCAGACUUUAUGGAUGUUGUGUAGAAGGGAACCAGAUGAUACUGGUUUAUGAGUACAUGGAAAAUAACUGCCUAUCUCAAGCACUCCUAGGUGAGCCUUAUAUAUAUUUAACAUGGCCGAUGAGGAUAAACGUUUGUAAAGGAAUAGCUCAAGGUUUGGUUUAUCUUCACGAAGAAUCAAAUUUGAGAAUCAUACAUAGAGAUAUUAAGGCGAGCAAUGUUUUGCUUGAUGAAAAUUGGAAUGCAAAAAUAUCUGAUUUUGGUUUAGCAAAGCUUAAUGAUGAUGGAAAUACCCAUAUCAGCACUCGGAUUGUGGGCACAAUGGGUUAUCUGGCUCCAGAAUAUACCAUGCGUGGUCACUUGACUACUAAGGCAGAUGUUUAUAGUUUCGGAAUUUUGGCACUAGAAAUUGUUAGUGGAAUAAGCUGCAACAAAAGCUUCAGCUACGAGACCGAAGAAUGUCUUUACCUUUUUGAUUGGGUAUGGCUUUUGCAUGAGAAAGAAACUAUAUUAGAACUUGUUGAUCCAGACUUAGGAUCUGAGUAUUCAUCAGAAGAAGCAUUGACAAUUAUACAAGUGGCCCUUUUAUGCACAAAAGCAUCAACUUUCGCUAGACCAACCAUGUCUCAAACCUUGAGCGUGCUAGAGGGUCGAACCAACAUUCAAGAUUUGGAAAAGGAACUGCGUCCUUCAACUACGCACCUUGAUAUUAGGCGCUUAAGAAAACAACUUUGGCUGGACCAUAGUGAAACCAACCUAACGAGUGCUGAACCACCUACCACCGAAUCCUUCGUCACCGAUUCCUUCAUCACGGAGUCCUUCAUAUCGUGA